CUUCAUUCGAGUUUCUUCUUCGUUCUUUUCUCUUCUGCGAUUCAAUUUCUAAUAACCUCUCUCUCUCUCUCUCUCUCUCUCUCUCUCUCUCUCUCUCAUAACUCUGAAAAUUAUUCAGCUGAAACUCACAAAACGAUGUCGGGUCGAUUGGUGAAAAAGAUUCUCAACGAGCAACAUCAACUUUCUCAACAACAAUUCAUCAAAGAAGAAGAAGAAGAAGAUGAUGAUAAUGAACAAGAAGAAGGUUCCACUGCACCUUCCACAAUCAACCCUUUCGAUCUUCUCAACGACAAUGGUUCUGAACCCGAAAACCAGGGAGAUGAGUCUGCGGAUGAAACGUCGGUGAGAGAUAAUGAUAAGGAGAGGACAUCCUCAUUGAAAAAUUCUGCUCAGGUAUCAACAUCAAAUCCAAAAUCAAAGAAAAAGAAGAAUAAGAAGAAGAAAAGCAAGGACAAUGCUGUUUCCGGUAAAAAGGGAGAUGAAAAAGAAUUAGACUUGAUUUUAGAAGAUUUGGCUCUGAAUGCGAACUCUUCAAGUGGGCAACAUGUUUCAACAGAAGGAAAAGCGGUGAAUGCUAAGGACAAAAGUAGAGCUGUUAAGGAGGAUGCUGUCUCCAUAUUACAAGUGGAUCCUAAACAUUUGAGUGCCGAAAAUGAGCUGAUAAGAAUAUUUGGAUCUAAGGUUGUGAAAUCAUUUGAGAAUCAGAAUAACAAUCAACCAAGCAGUUCUAGGCAGAUGCGAGGGGUGAGGCGAGUACGCCAUAAUCUUAAGAAGACCGUUCUUGUCACUCCGGCAAACACUUGGCUCCCAUGUGAUGAUUCUUUGUCCAUGGAAUUUCUUGAAAUGAAGAACGGAUAUUACUACUUUAGAUAUGUGCACUCACCAUCCUACUCCCAGUAUCAGAAAUCGUUUGAAGCUGCCAAAGCAAUUAAUGACAUAAAUGGUGUAGCGAGCAUAUUACAGCACCGUCCUUAUCACAUAGAUUCCCUUCUAACAAUGGCAGAAUAUUUCAAGGUAGUGGGUGAACAACAGAUGUCUGGAGAUACUAUUGCGAGGUGUCUAUAUGCGCUUGAAUGUGCAUGGCAUCCCACAUUCACACCACUGCAGGGUAAUUGCCAAUUGAAGUACAAACACGACACAAACAAACCUAUAUUCACAGCUCUUUUCACUCACAUGAAAAACUUGGAUCGACGAGGCUGUCACAGAUCUGCUUUAGAGGUCUGUAAAUUGUUGCUUUCACUAGAUUCGGAUGAUCCCAUGGGGGCUAUUUUCUGCAUUGACUACUUUUCUCUAAGGUCUGAGGAGUAUGCAUGGCUGGAAAAGUUUUCUGAAGCUUAUAAAAGUGAUAGCUCUAUAUGGUUGCUUCCAAAUUUUUCUUUUUCCCUUGCCAUUUGUCGGUUUUACCUUGAGCGCGCAGCCUCCGAAGAUGCUUGUGUUGAUUCUAAAAAGUCUUCUUCAUCUGAUCUUAUGACACAAGCAUUGAUGCUUCAUCCUUCAGUUAUAAAGAAGCUAGUGACAAAAGUACCACUGAAAGAUCGUGCAUGGACAGAUAUUCUCAAGCAUGCCUUUUUCCGAUCAGAUCAAACAGGAAUUCCAUCUCAAGAUCACUUGAUUAAUAUAUAUGUCGAGAGAAAUUAUCUUAUAUGGAGGCUUCCUGAUCUGCAAAAACUGCUGAUUGGUGCUGCAAAACAAGUCAUGGAAACUCUAGAAAGUAACAAAAGUGAAGUUAACGAUUGGUCUUGUGUCAGAAAAGAAGCAUUUUCCUCUGAGAAAAAUGAGUAUGGACAUUUGUUGGUGUCCGAUUUCUCUGAUUCAGUAACGGCAAUCCCACAAGAAAAUCUUCAACAGUUUAUGGGCAUUCCAAGGGCAGGGGAGGCUAUGCUGGACGAAAACCAAUUUGCUAACCAGCAAGGCAAUGGCCAUGCUCCUCGUGGUGUUGCAAAUAGAAACGCAUUAGCUGUCUUAUUUGAGUCAAUGCUACCGUGGGUUACUUACGAGGAAGGUGGACCUGAUGUUAACCAACCUGGUGACGGCGAGCAAGACAAUCAGUGAUACUGGAUAUAACACAACCUUCCUGCUCUAGAAGCCUUUUUUUCCGGAGUGUGUUGAACUCCAUGAUGAGAUGUCUUUCAUGUAUAGAGCGACAUUUAGGGAGCUUGAUAUCUUCUGCAAUCAUGUUGAUCCUUGUGAACCAUCUAGGUUCAAUAUAAUUGCCAUAUACUAUGGUGUCAGAUUUUUGGGAUAUUAAUAUCAGAUGUUAUACCUUUUUCCAUUAUGAAUUUCUACUUUUAUUUAAUUCUGAUCCUUUUCA